AUGGAGAAUUGUGACAGUAAUAGUAGUAGUUAUUGUGGUAGCAGUAACCAUGGUGGUACUUUUGGUGAUGGUGAUGAUGGUGGUGGUAGAGGUGGUGGUAGCAAUGACGGUGGGAGUGGGGUUAGGUAUAGUAGCGGUAGCAACGAUAUUAGAUGUGGUCGUGGUGGUGGGGUUGGGGUAGGAGUGGUAGUGAUGGCACACGAUGGUGUUGAUGAAUCUGAAGGUGAAUCGAAAAGAGGGAAAAUGGCAAUUAUUUUGAGAUUUGUUGAUAAAUAUGGUUUUAUAAAAGAGCAUUUCUUUGACAUAGUUCAUGGAUAUGAUGUUGCCAGUAACAUGUCUGGAGAAUGGACUGGGUUGCAGGCUGUAUUUUGUGCUGAGUGUCCAUUCGCAUAUUAUGUUCAUUGCUUUGUUCAUCGGCUCCAAUUGGCUUUAGUAGGAGCAUCUAAACAGACUGCAGAUAUUGUUGAAAAGCUUGCCAUUGAUGAUGAAUUCGAGACUGGUAAAGGAAAAAAUCAGAUUGGAACAUUGAAACGGGCUGGAGAUACUCGAUGGGGUUCUCAUUUGGGUUCCAUUUUUGAUUCUCAGUUACAAGAAUUAAACAAUUGGUUUAAGGGAGAUGUAAUAGAAUUGCUUGUUCUUAGCUCAGCUUUGGAUCUUUGGGAUGGUUAUAGAUCAUUCAAAAUUGAGGAUAUUUGCAAUCUUGCAAAUAAAUUUUAUCCCAUGGAUUUCUCCGUGCAAGAAAAAUUGCAUUUGAAGUAUCAGUUGGAAAACUAUAAGCUUGAUAUUUCCAUACUUCCCGAGUUUCAGAAGCUGUCAACCAUUUCUAAGUUGUGUCAAAUGUUGGCAAAAACAAAAAUUUUGAAACUCGUUAAGUCUAAAUUGUGCAAUAGGAUGGAAGAUGGUUUUCUCGCUAGUUACUUGAUUACGUACAUUGAAAAAGACAUUGCUCGAAGGUUUGUUGUAGACUCUAUCAUUCAUGCUUUUGAUAUUAUGAAAGAGCGUUGA